AUGCCGUUUGGGGAGAACCGAUCCCGCUGGGUGCCGGCGAUGGUCCCGCCUCUCCUCGCCUCUCCUCCGGGCGCGGCUGGAAGGGUCCGCCGGGCGGGGUGGGGCGGGGCGGGGCCGGGGUCGCUCCCGCUGCGGCAGAGAGUCCUGCCGAGGCAGAAAGUCCGGCCGAAGCAGAAAGUCCGGCCGAGGCACAGGGUCCCGCCGCUCCUCGCCGUCCUGGCCAUGCUGCCGGCGCGCCUCCGCCCGGGGCGGCUGCUGUCCGCCGCGCCGCUCCGCCCGCCCGCGCCGCGGGGAGCCGCGGCCGCCGGGGAUCCCGCCCGGAGCCCGGGCACCACCCGCGCUGAGCAGGCUCACAGGGUGGCUGCAAGUUACAAACCUUCGAAGUUUGACAAAAAAAUCCUCCUCUGGACUGGACGUUUCAAGACAGAAGAAGAGAUUCCUCUGAGGAUCCCGCCAGAGAUGAUAGACAAGGCAAAAAACAAAGCUCGAGUGAAAGCCUGUUACAUCAUGAUUGGGCUCUCAAUUAUUGCCUGUUUUGCGGUGAUUGCUUCGGCUAAGAAGGCUGCCGCACGUCACGAGUCCUUAACGAGCCUGAACUUGGCAAAGAAGGCCAAGUGGCGGAAGGAGGCUGCGCUGGCCGCGGAGGCAAAGACCAAGUAACUCCGUCUGAAAUGCUCAAUGUCCUCGGAAAAGCAAAAUUAACUGCUGCUGAGAGCAAGUAGUGAGUGUCACCCCUAAAUGGACAACUGUAGUACGCACACCCUAGAGCCAGUAAGGGCAGCUACAGCAUCACAAAAAAGAAAGAAAAAAUGGCUUUCAUUAGGAAGAUAUUCAGGAUACUUGGUCCAUAUAAUUAAAACUAUUUAGAAUGUUUUGCAUAUAUUAAAAGCAGUAAUUAGUUUUAAAGGGGAUGAGGUAGUUUCCUAAGAAUGUCAGGUACCUUUGGUUAGAUAACCACAAAAUAUUUACACCCAAGAAAUUUUCUGUCUGGUGACAGCG